CUCUCGGACAUAAAGCGCGGCCGAUCUGUAGGCCUUAAUCCCUGGUCUCCGGUUUAGUUUCGACCGCUGGUUUCCAGAAUAAAGUUGCCGGGUCUAAACUGCAACAUCACAUAAUCGUCACGCCCUUAAAAAGCUCGGUUCACUUGGUGCAUUAUUAAUCCCAGUUGAAAGUCACAUUUUCUCUACAUUUCCUUGAAUAACCAACCCAUCCUUUCUCUGUUUCCCUCCUUUCCUCCCUUCCCUUCCUUAUUAUUGGAGGCCUAUCCCCCUCUCCUACUCGGAUUCUGCCUUCGAGUUCCAUAAUUCAGAGGCCUGCCCCUCCAAUUUCAACGGGAUUCCAAUUCACUUAUUUAAGCACACCCACACACAUACACGUUCUCACCCUCUCCCGCACGCCUAGACAGAGCUUGUCUACCACUCGACCCAUUCCAUAUCCUGCCCCGGUCUUACCUAAUUCCCACCCCCGUAUUAGUUUGGCCUCCCAAAAUGGAAAGCGGGAUGCCCACGCCCCCCGUCGAGGACAGUACGAAGCCGGCCGCGGCGGCGAGGAGGAACACGGCGUCUAGUACUAAGCCAGUCAAGCCAAUACAUAAUCGAGGCGGGAAACGAGCAGCUAAUCACGCUUCCCACUCCCCUGCUCACGAUCAUCCUCCUCCCCUCUCGCCACAUGCUAUCGACAACAGGCACAAGCGGGUCUGGAAAGCAUGCGAGAGAUGUCGAAUGAAAAAGACCAAGUGUGACGGGGAAUUCCCAUGUAAGAGGUGUAAAGACGAUGGCCUGGUAUGCACUGCAGGCACACGCAAAAAGACAGAAUACAAACAAUUACCCAGAGGAUAUGCCGAAGUUCUCGAGAACACCCAAUUCGCGUUAAUUGCCACGGUACAUAAGUUAUAUGCCAUGGUGAGGAAUGGGCAAACAUGGGACCUAGGAGAGCCGGAGCUCAACGAUAGAGGCCAGCCAGUGAUCCAUAACAUCGCGACAAAACUAGGGUGCAUACGACCUAAUGCCGACGCCGAUCUCCCGCCUCACUCGGUCUUCCCUGAGGAUGAAGCAGGAUUGGCGAAAUUGGCGGCUGAGUUGGAUGUCCAGCAGCGGGAAAGAGAGAAGGAAGCACAUACGACGGAGCAUCGAUCCGAGACCGAAUCAAACUGUACCAGAACCGACCGCGCAAGCUCUUCGGAGCUAGACCAUUCGGACUUUGAGCAAGACUAUAGGAAGGUGAUGAUGAGCGGGCAAAACUUGCAGACCCUGUCGCCGCAAAGCUUCGCGUCCUACGAUAUAGAAGCAAAGACCAUGCAAUCCGAGAUGGACCCUUCCAGAGGUUUAUUCGCCGUCCAAUCGCCUUCGGCUCCCACAACAUUCCCGACCUGGAGUAUGAGCAGGCCGAACUCGAUGGACCUGUCGCCGCAAUUCAUACCGGGGAUGGAUAUGGACAUGGCCGAUAUGAUGCUGAGCCAAGGAUUGGUCGAAUCCGAAUUCGGCACUAUCAAGCCUCAUAUGAUCCAAUGUGCAAACCCCGAAGUCAUGUUAGGCGUCGGGGAUCCUAUGAUCUACUCCGGAUAUAGCAAUAUGGAAUCAUUACGGUCAUGACCAAGCUCCGGGGCCCGGAGGUGUCUGUCUAGGCCGCGUUCGCCUCCCAGUCUAGGGAGGAGAGGUGGGAUGACGAGGGGAGGGGGGGGGGCCUUGUUGACUAGUUCUCUUCGACAUGCAUAACUGCACGGCGUUCACAGGUGAUAUUUCUUUUUUGGCUGGGAUGGGGAAACAUGCGCCCCCAAGUUCCUGAAGGAGCACAAAAGGUUGGGGGCAUCAGCGGUUGAAUUCCAUGCUAUAGAAGAACCUGGGCGAUCAGAGC